AUGGAGGAGGAGACGCUGGCGAUCGUGAACGAGGAGAAUGACGUCGUCGGGGAGAUGGGUCGAAGGCGAACCGUCGCCUCUCGCGCGCUCGGGCGAGGCGCGUUCGCGAUAGUUCUGCGACGAAACGCCGCGCUCGUGACGCGGCGAUCGAUGCGCAAAGACGUCUGGCCGGGGGCGCUCGAUGCGGUGACGAGCGGGGCGUGUCAAGGGAGAGACGGCGGGGCGUACGCGACGACGAUGCGACGCGAGCUGCGAGAGGAGCUCGGAGCAGACGCGAGCGUCGGAGCGAACGUAUCGGAGCUGUUCACGUUUCCGUAUGAGGACAAGUACAUGCGUGUGUGGGGUGCGUGCUUCGAGGUCGUUCUGCGGAACGAUGCGGAGGUCGCGUUCGAGGACGGCGAAGUCGAAGCCGGUUCGGCUUCUUGGGAGCCCCUGGAUGAGCUCGCGAGAAGUCUCGAGGACGGGCGAGAGGAGUUCACGCCGAUAGGGAAGUACGUGUUGAGGUCCUACUUGGCGUUCAAGACGACCGGGGCUUUACCUCCGCAAACUUGGAGCGAGCGACACAUCGAGCCGAGCUGA